UGUACGUGGGAGCCCAGAAGAGCUGGCGGGGGCGGACAUGGCGGGUUGAGCCAGCUGAACCGCCGCAGCCACAGCCGCAAAAGCCUCCACCGCCGCGAUGUGGCUGAAGCCCGAAGAGGUGCUGCUCAAGAACGCGCUCAAGCUGUGGGUGCUGGAGCGCUCCAACGAGUAUUUCGUCCUGCAGAGGCGGCGCGGGUAUGGCGAGGAAGGCGGCGGGCUGGCAGGCCUCCUGGUUGGGACACUGGAUGCCGUCUUGGAUUCCACAUCCAAAGUGGCCCCUUUCCGCAUCCUGCACCAGACACCUGAUUCCCAAGUCUACUGGUCUAUCGCAUGUGGAGCCAGCAGAGAAGAAAUAACGAAGCACUGGGACUGGCUGGAGUGUAACGUUAUGCAGACGCUCUCCGUCUUUGAUUCCAACGAGGACAUCACAAGCUUCGUGCAAGGGAAGAUAAGAGGCUUGAUCGCAGAGGAAAGUAAAGGCUCUCUGAGCAAAGAGGAGGAUCCUGAGAAGUUCCGUGAAGCACUCCUGAAGUUUGAGAAGUGCUUUGGUUUAGCUGAGCCAGAGAAGUUGGUGACUUACUACUCUUGCAGCUACUGGAGGGGCCGAGUGCCGUGCCAAGGCUGGUUGUACCUCAGCACUAACUUCCUUAGUUUUUACUCCUUUCUGCUUGGAGCUGAAAUAAGACUUGUCAUAGCUUGGGAUGAAAUUUCAAAACUCGAAAGGACGUCCAACGUGAUCUUGACCGAGAGCAUCCACGUGUGCUCCCAUGGGGAGGAUCACUACUUUUCCAUGUUUUUGCACAUCAGUGAAACUUUCCUCCUCAUGGAGCAGCUGGCCCUCUAUGCCGUUCGGAGACUCUUUGACAAGGAGACUUUUGAAGGGGACCCCAUCCUCCACGAUCCAUUGCAAAUCACCAAGAGAGGCCUUGAAAGCCGAGCCCACAGUGAGCAGUUCAACGCUUUCUUCAGGCUGCCCAAAGAGGAGACCCUGAGGGAGGUGCACGAAUGUUUCUUAUGGGUGCCUUUCAGCCACUACAACACUCUGGGGAAAAUGUGCAUUUCUGAGAAUUACAUCUGCUUUGCCAGCCAGGAUGGCUCCCUGUGCAGCGUAAUCAUCCCUCUGAGAGAGGUCAUAGCAGUUGAGUCAACUGACCCUGCUAGCAAAGCAGUCAGCAUCAGCACUAGAGGGACAAAAGCCUUUCGUUUCUCAGAAGUCAGGGAUUUUGAACACUUGGUGACAAAUCUCAGGAGCAGAUGCGGUGUAGCCUUGACCCCCCAGCACGCUGCGAAUGUGGAGGUCACUUCUGGCUCGAGCCCUGACUCUCUCUUGGACUACUACGAUGAGCAGCCAAUGGCAAGCCACAAGGGCAAUAGCAAGACAGUCAGCACAGAAGCGCUCAUGACAGUCUUCCACCCUCAGGAUGUGGAGAAUCUGGAUUCAAAAAUGUUAAAAGAAAAAAUGAAAGAGCAGUCCUGGAAUAUCCUUUUUAUAGAAUGUGGCCGUGGCGUAAGUAUGUUUCGGACAAGGAAGACCCGAGACCUGAUUGUCAGAGGGAUACCAGAAGUGUUGAGAGGAGAACUCUGGCUCCUGUUCUCAGGCGCUGUGAAUGACAUGGCAACCAACCCUGGUUACUACACGGAGCUGGUCGAAAAGUCCUUGGGCACGUGCACUUUAGCGACGGAUGAGAUUGAGCGAGAUCUGCGUCGCUCCUUGCCCGAACACCCGGCCUUCCAAAGCGACGCUGGCAUUUCUGCUCUCAGAAGGGUGCUCACAGCCUACGCCUACAGGAAUCCCAAGAUUGGAUAUUGUCAGGCAAUGAAUAUUUUGACUUCGGUGCUGCUGCUUUAUGCCAAAGAAGAGGAAGCUUUCUGGCUUUUGGUUGCUGUGUGCGAAAGAAUGCUACCGGAUUAUUUCAACCGCCGAAUCAUUGGUGCCUUGGUUGACCAGGGGGUGUUUGAGGAUCUCAUCAGGGAACACCUGCCCCAGCUGACGGAGCACAUGACGGACAUGACCUUCUUCUCGUCGGUCUCCCUCUCCUGGUUCCUGACUCUGUUCAUCAGUGUGCUGCCCAUCGAGAGUGCCGUCAACGUAGUCGACUGUUUCUUCUACGACGGCAUAAAGGCCAUCUUGCAGCUGGGCCUGGCCGUGCUGGACUACAACAUGGACAAACUGCUGACCUGUAAGGACGAUGCAGAAGCCGUGACAGUUCUCAACAGGUUUUUCAACAGCAUCACCAACAAGGACAGUCCGCUGCCUCCAACGGUACAGCAGGCUUCUGGGGCCAGCGAAACGAAGAGCCAGCAUCCUAAUGUGGACAUCACCGACCUUAUCCGCGAGUCAAAUGAGAAAUAUGGUGACAUCCGCUUUGAGGACGUGGAGAGCAUGCGCCGCCGAAACAGGCUGUACGUCAUCCAGACCCUGGAAGUCACAACAAAGCAAAAUGUGCUGCGUGUCAUCUCUCAAGAUGUGAAAACCAGUCCAAGGGACCUGGAAGACCUGUAUGAGUUAUUCAAGAAGGAGCACUUUCUCUCUUGCUACUGGAGUGCAAACAGCCCAGCCCUGAAGCACCAUGAUCCCAGUCUGCCCUACCUGGACCAGUACCGCAUUGACUGCCAACAGUUCCGUCUCCUCCAUCAUCUCCUGAGCCCCUGGGCCCGUUGCGCAAACAAGGACUCCCUCGCCCUCUGGACCUUCCGGCUACUGGAUGAAAACUUAGACGGCCUUAUUAACUUCAAAGAAUUUGCUUGCGUUCUUGAUACCAUGUAUUACGGAAGUUUUACCCAAAAGCUUAAGCUGCUCUUCAAACUUCACAUACCUCCUGCUUUCACCGAAGUGGAGUCCCUCAGCCCUUCUAAAGGUGCUCAGCUCUCAAAGGAAGAGUUGAUCCACUUCAGUCUAUUGAAUGUUUCCUCACCUGGGGACAGCGAGGAUGAAGAUGCUUCAAAAAGGAGUCCGGACAAAGGGAAAGGAAAACUUGACAUUCAGGCCUAUUUGAAGCAAUGGCAAGACGAGCUUCUUAAAAAAGAAGAAAAUAUUAAAGAUUUGCCACGAAUGGACCAGUCCCAGUUCAUUCAGUUUUCAAAGACUUUGUAUAACUUGUUUCACGGGGACCCAGAAGAGGAGCUGCUCUACCGUGCUAUCGCUACCGUCACCAGCCUCUUGCUAAAGAUGGAGGAGGUUGGCAGGAAGCUCCACAGCCCCACGAAGCCAGCUGAAAGCACAGCCCUUUCUGCAGGCGGUGUCAAUGCAGAAAAUGUCCACAAGCCCCAGGAGACGAGACCGGCCCAGCAGACUGGUCACACAGGACCCCAGAUCCCCAGCAAAGAAGAUGGCGAAUGGUCGUUCGCUUUCGAGCAGAUUUUGGCCUCUUUACUCAAUGAACCUUCUCUAGUGAGAUUUUUUGAGAAACCGGUCAAUGUCAGAGCCAUGUUAGAAAGUGCAAAAGCCACUCAGUUAAAAACGAGAGCUCGGAUAUAGCACUUAAUGCGACUUUGGUUUCUGUCUCCUGUUUUCCUUCGUACGGGGCGGGGCUCAAGGCUGUGGGCCGUUUGUGAGCUCUGUUGUACUGAGUUUGUCGGGAGCUUAGGGGUUGAGGGUUUCGCUCGAUCCCACAUGUGCCUAGGGUAAUUUGUGUCUUUCUUUUUUGCAAAGUUAAGUAAAUAUAGCUUGAAGCACAGUUACACCUGAUUAUUGCAUAUUCGGACACCCCAGAGACAGUCGCCACUUUAAGGAUAUAUGUUCCCUUGGAGGGAGGCCCCCAGAGGGCGCUGUUGCGGCAUGUUCCCAGGACACCCUGUUGAAUGUAAUGUCUGCCACGUUCCCUUAAAAGUGUACGAACAUCCAGUUGUUCUGUUGCAAGGGUGAGUGUUUUUUCCAAAGACUCGUAAACUCUGAAUGUCGGUUUGCUUAAUACUUUUGGAGAGGGAGCUGAGAUCAGUGGUUCCCAACCUUUUUUCACUCAUGUACCUCUUGGCCACCUUCUUUCCCUAAAAUUGUUCCGCCAUAAUAGCAAACCCAUUACGUAACUUUUUUCGUGUACCUCCAAAUGCUUCUGCAUACCCCAAGUUGGGAACCAGUGGCUUAGAUGGUCAUGGUAAACGUGGCUGUUGAAGAAAAGUUUGUGGCUUCUGUGAUACGGGGCUGAGUAUUUGUUCUUUUUAAAAAAAUGUGUCUAUAAGAGAUGGAUUUAGGAUGGUGGCGGAUUCAGGUUUGGAACUCUGUUAAUGUCUCCCUCCACCUGUGGCAUUACUUCUGACCCUGGAUCGAUCUUUGAAAUUUAGGGAAGGGGGCAGUUAAGGGUGAGGGGGGGGGGAGUUGUUACAAUUUGGCCUGUGUCUUAUCUGAGCAGUUAUGCUUGCUUACCCUCAUUGGGUCACCUAAGGUGCCGUUGUGGCUACUUUGACAGCCAUAAACUUCUCAAACUACUCUGGUAAAGAAUGGAUGAAAGAACAGGUGGAGGUGGACUCUUGCUGAAUGGACAUUAUCUAGCCUCUAAGGCCAGAGGAAGAACCCUGACAUUCAUGCUAUCCUGAUGUUCCUGUGUACAAAUAUGAGUGUACUGAACUGGGGAAACGGAAGCAGGAUCUUAGAUGUUCAGCUGUUUUUUGAGGCCCUGCUUGAUACUAUAUGUCCUGGUGAUGCAAACCAAGAAGUUUUCUAAAUAUUAUUUUUGAAUAAUCUAGGCAGGAUUGUUUCCUGCUGGUGUCCAUUACUUCCCCCAGCAACAGUUAACCCAGUGCCUACUACUUGUCAAGUUGCUGAGGGCUUUCUAGAACCUGCACUGCCGAUUCUUGGUGGUCCACAUUCUUUGAAGCAGCUGGAGAAAUGCCCUCAUGCUCAGCCGAAUAUUUUACUUGCUGGACAGUCAGAAUGAACUUGGAUGGUCCUGGGAAGCUUUUACCAAACAAGCAAAGCUAGUUUUGUUUCCUUUGGUUUAACAGGUCAUCCCGCCUUGAUGGUGAAGGAAAGUCUUAUAGCAAAAGGGUAUACAGAUCUUGCUCAAACCUAGUCUCUCGAGUGCGUACUGGUGGGAGUGGUUUGUGCAGGGUUUUGUGAGGGAGUGGGUACUCCUGAAUUCUGGAUUUCUUAAAAUGGCUCUGAUUUGCAAAAAUCUCAUUUGGAGUGAGAGAGAGUGCCUUGUAGACAUCUAUACAUGUCAAAAGGGAUCCCUUUACCAGGCAUAUGGAGAUUCUGUGCUGGCCUUGUAUAAGGACAGUCCUCUAUGCAUAAUUGCCAUCUUCGAUUUCUUAUUGUAUUUUGAUGACCAGUGAGAGAGCGUUCUUAAAAAAUUGUUUAUGCAGUGCAAUUGAUCCCCCCCUCACCCCACCAGCAACGGAAAUAAGCAUACUUUACUUAUGCAGACCCUUGUCCGGCAAUACGGCCAGUGAGAACGUGUGAAAAGUGAAUAUUCAGUCGUACUUAGUUUUUCCUGGCAAGCAUCUUGCACCAGAGGCAAUAGGUGGAAUAGAUGCACAGGCUGGCUAGCAUGUGGCAUGUAGUUGAAUGCAGGUUGGAAGGAAAUAAGCUCUGUCUGACCUUUUGCUUCCACUUGCCAGGUUUUGAUUGUUAAAACUGCACAAGUUUAUUUUUUUGACCUGCUGGCUUAUUCUUUGACCAAGAGGUAUUUUGUGUUGCAAAGGGGUCCGCACAGAGUGGAAUCUGACUGAAUUCAUACAUGUGAAUAAGCACUGGAAAUUAUCUUUUUAAAAACUGAUCAAAGGCUUGUAUGCCUUUUUUUGUUAAUUCUGCCUUGCACGGGGAAGAGGGUCUUUGGGCUGCCGCCCAUUCACGGCUUCUCAUCCAUCUUGUACUUUAUGGUUGGUAGAAAAUGUUGCCUCAGCCAGUCAGAUCAUGGCUCUGGGCACCUUUUUGUUUUGAUUUUCCCAAACCUCGAGGGUGAGUAAGCUGAAGCAGGAACUUUCUCCGCCUCGCUAAUGUUCUCAUGAACUUAAUUAUUCCAAAUUGUUUUUCAGUCCAAGGUGGGGAAUAGAUAGAUAUAGCAGCAUCAUGCAACCUACUUUCUGGAUCUUCUUUUAAUUCUGCUGCAUGAGUUCCACCAGCUGUUCUGUCCCAAGGAUGGCAGCAGACACUCUGCAGUCCUUGUAUUAAUUUUUGCAGAUCCAGUUUUUUCCCAAGGCCGGCUGGGACGUGGUAUUAAUCGAGGUCUGUCAGGAAACUUCAGAAGCCCUAGCCUGACCCUGGCGCCACAUAGCAAGCACUGUGAGUUUGCUUCCAGCUGGUCUUGCAAGAAGCAUUAGGUCAGAGAGGGUUUUCCGCACAGGGUUUGUCAGAAAAAAACCUAGUAUUUAUGCUUAUGGAGUAAAAAUGAUGUUCUGUGGAAGUUUUCCCUCCACCUUGUUUUCUUCUUAACCAGUUCUAGAAACCAAAUGCUUACAAAUUUGGCCUCCAUUUCUGUGUUUUGGCUUCCUGGCAUUGCUUGUUUUAUGCCAGCCAUUUUUAAGUCGCCCCUGCCACAAUAAUAGCAAUUGCAGUGGUAGGAGGCGAAGCCUGUGCUAGAGUGGACCUCUCAGCCAUCUCUGAAGCUUCUUCCUUGCCCCUGAAGGCCACACCGAAAAGGAAGAGUUGCACAUUGAAGGUUUGCCCUACAGGGGCUAAGCUGUAAAGAAUAAGUGGCCCAUAAACUUGCAGGGGAUAAAGUAGAUUAUUACUAAUUCAUUAUUAAAGGUUCAAGAGGUCCUAAAAUCUCCAGUUCUUUAAAGUGCUUUCUCGAAUUCCAGGAAAGUAUCAUGAACACAAAUUCAGGAAAUCCAUUCUGUGAAUACAUUUUCAACUCUCUCUCCCCCUGCACUCUGAUGCAAGUUCUAUCUUUGUUGCAAAAUUUGCCUAUUGUGCAGGAGGGAGAACCGGAUGGGCAUGGAGCCCUUUUGGAUAAUAUCUGGUCCCUCUGGGACUUCAGUAAAGAGUGGGGAGAAACCAGGCAGGAGACUCAUCAUAGGAUCAAAACCUACAUCUCCAUUGCAUACAGGGAUGGAGCGAGGGGGAAGUGCGCCCGGUGCGCAUGCCUGGCACCGCUCCAAGCCCCCGUCUGCCCCUGGAACGCCCCAUCCUGCCCCCCGCCAAGACUCUGGAACGCCCCUUGGCGCUACGCCUCUGAUUGCAUAUCAUAGCAAUUUGUUGCUCUCACAGAUAGCAAUGCCUGACGAGGCUUUCAUUCCUGUGAUACAGUGUGCCCAUAUGGCAGCUGCAGUUUCUUAGGGAAAACAUAGAUGUUUACUUGCCUUCAUAUAGUUGUCUGAUGAAACAUAUAUAUGUGUAUGCACACAGAAAUACACAAUUGUCACGUUUUGGAUUUAGGUAAGGUGCAUAAAGGGAUUCAUUCUGGUACAGUUUCCAGAGAAAUUUGAAUUUUUCUCUCCUUUUUGUUACAAAGGAAAUUUUUGUGCUGGCACUUGGUCUUUUGAUAUGAUGUUCUGUACGCAGCAAAUGCACUAUAUGUUGAACACUGGGUGAUCAAUAAACUCUUUACCGUCUGGAUGAAGGAAAAAUUGGAUGCCACGUGCCUUUCAUUAUUCAUCGUAAAAUGUCUGAAGUGGAGUUCUCAGCGGUUCUUAAAGGGUUUGAAGGAGAAUCUUUUGGCCAACCACUCUCUUGGCAAAACAGAGCUGCCAGCACUGAGGUGGCCAGCCAAAGAACUCAAACCUAAGCUGGCUCAUUGUUUGUUUAGCUUUGCUUUGGGACCUCGUGCCCCAGAGUGUGCCUUCCAUGUUUCUUUUUCUUCAGCUUUGUGCACUUUUAGUAACUAGAUAGGAUCUGCACCUGUACCCACCUGGAAACACCAUCUUCUACCUGUUUUGUGUUCUACGCUCAAGGCCUGUUAGGGAUCACACUUGAGCAACUCAGCCAGGCACACUUGAAGCAGAAGCCAGUCUUGCCUGGGCUUUUUAUGCUGUCGAGUAUCAUGAAUGGGUGUGACACGUGGGGCUGUGAUUUCUUUGAAAAGUCCGUUCCCAGUCCAAAGAGGUUGAUGGUUUCAACAGUGUGGAAAAUGAACGGGAAGGAAGGGAAAGACAAGGAACUGCAGCAUGGACAGAAGAGGUUUCUCUUCUGUCUUGCGAGAAUUCAGGUCACUGGUAGAAAAGGGUGCUUUGCCUCCAGCGUCUCCAGUUAAAAGGGAACAGUUAUUGGGACUUCCCCUGAAGACUUCCCCUGAAGGAUACUCAGAAUAGACAGAAGUUACUUUGCUGGAACUAGAGUCUUUCUUGCUUCUAGGGCAGCUACAGAUGUUUGUUUCAGGUAGGAAGAAGGGAUAUGAGAUCAACCCAAAUGCUCUAUGGGACAGGGGUUGAAGAAGGAUUUGACUCAAGGCAGUAGCAGCUCUUAUUGGACAUGUCACAGCUGUGGUGCUGGCUGACUAUCUGUUGAAACGCUUCUGAGGAUAGCAGGGAGGCUGAGAUGUAAAUACUUAAUAUUAUGGAAAUCCUAAUUGAUCUUUGUUUCUGUAAACCGUCAGUCAGUGCCUCUGCCUCUAGUUUCAGCAUAAGCAGUCAGGUAUGAAAAUAAGCAACCACCACUGGGUCCGAGUUUUUAGAAGUACGGUUUUAUUUUUCUUUCCAAAAUAAUAUGUACAAUAUUUUAAAGCAUAUGGAGGCCUGCUGGAGCUUCACAGGGGGGUGAGAUUCCAGACAAGGAUUGACAUUUUUGUCCCCACGAGACACUUGCUGCCCCCCCCCCCCCUGUUUUACAAAAUACUUUUAUGAAUAGGAACAUUUAUAAAUUUUAUCUAUAUUUGACAUCAUUAAAAUAAACUAAAUAUUCAAUUCUAAA